GGCCACGCGCGUGCGAUGAGCGCCCCCAAACGCAGCAGCAGCAGCACGGCCGUCGUCCUUCGUUUCCUCCUCGCAGCGCCGGGGCAGCCCGCAAGCCAUUCUCUCCUCCUCGAUUUUCCCCGUCGCGGGAUCGCCGGAUCUCUCCUGCACACCGCGUCCGGAGAAAAGGAGGAGGGGGCAAUCUCAUUCAUCGGAUUCGGCGUGCCUGUGUUGUCUGUGGUUUCGAUUUCCUUUUUUUUUUCCCGGGUCAAUAAGAUCGGAUUUGGGGACGGUCGUAAUGGGAUUCGGGAUGGGGAAUGACGGCGCGAGCUCCUCGUCGUCGCGGCUGGACCCCGCCCCGCUCCUGCCGCACCACGGCAGCGCGAGCGGCGAGAUCGGCCUGUCGUCGCAGCCCAAGACGUUCGCCAACGUCUUCAUCGCGGUGGUCGGCGCCGGCGUGCUCGGGCUGCCGUACACCUUCUCGCACACCGGGUGGGCGGCGGGGUCGCUGCUGCUCUUCGCCGUCGCCGCGCUCACCUUCUACUGCAUGAUGCUGCUCGUCGCGUGCCGCCGCCGCCUCGCCGACGAGCACCCGAAGAUCGCCUCGUUCGGGGACCUCGGGGACGCCGUGUUCGGCGCGCACGGGCGGUUCGCCGUGGACGUGAUGCUGGUGCUCAGCCAAGUGAGCUUCUGCAUCGGGUACCUCAUCUUCAUCUCCAACACCAUGGCGCACCUCUACCCGAUAUUCGCGCCGUCGUCCUCCGCCCUCCUCUCCCCCAAGGCGCUCUUCAUCUGGGCGAUGCUGCCGUUCCAGCUCGGGCUCAACUCCAUCAAGACGCUCACGCUGCUCGCGCCGCUCAGCAUCUUCGCCGACGUCGUGGACCUCGGCGCCAUGGGGGUUGUCCUUGGCCAGGACGUCGCUGCCUGGCUCGCCAAGCCCCCACCCGUGGUCGCCUUCGGCGGCCCGGGCGCGCUCCUCUACGGGCUCGGCGUCUCCGUGUACGCGUUCGAGGGCAUCGGCAUGGUGCUCCCGCUGGAGGCGGAGGCGGCGAACAAGAAGAAGUUCGGCGUCACGCUGGGGCUGUCCAUGGCGUUCAUCGGCGUCAUGUACGGGCUGUUCGGCGUGAUGGGGUACGUCGCGUUCGGCGACGCCACGCGGGACAUCAUCACCACCAACCUCGGCGCCGGGUGGCUGUCGGCCGCCGUGCAGCUGGGGCUGUGCAUCAACCUCUUCUUCACGAUGCCGGUGAUGAUGAACCCCGUGUACGAGGUGGCCGAGCGCCUGCUCCACGGCAAGCGCUACUGCUGGUGGCUCCGGUGGCUGCUCGUCGUCGUCGUCGGGCUCGCCGCCAUGUACGUGCCCAACUUCACCGACUUCCUGGCGCUCGUCGGGAGCAGCGUCUGCGUCCUCCUCGGGUUCGUGCUGCCGGCCUCGUUCCACCUCAAGGUGUUCGGCGCCGAGAUGGCCUGGCCCGGGGUGCUCUCCGACGUCCUGCUCGUCGUGCUCGGCCUCGCGCUCGCCGUGUUCGGGACGUACUCGUCGCUGCUGCAAAUCUUCCACUCGUCCAGCGCUUGAUCUCCCCACCAUGCCACCAUUUGCUAUGCGCCGAGUAAAUUCAUCAUCGGCGCAUUAGUUUCAGGCACGUUGGUCGCUCCUCUCCUCUGUACAGAGGAGUGGAACAGGGGAGGGACGACUGUCCAUCGUCGGCUCGUCGCAUUCUACCUGGGCAGAUUACGGUUCAGAUGUUGUUCGUCAGUGGGUUGUAUAGCAUGGGAAAAAUCUGUCUGCUUUUGCCGCGGCAGAUUUAAGUUACUCCCGGUAGCUUAUCUGUGGUACUAUGAAUGUUUGCGUCCUAGAUGUUCCUCCUGCUGUGCACGAUGGAUUCGAUGAAAGGACAGCAUUUUCAGGCCAUAGAAUCUUUUAUCUGUUGUU